AUGUCCGAGACGCCUUCCGACCAGGCUGCGGCCACGGAUGACCAGACUCCUCCUAUGGAUACUCUCUCACCUAGACGAACCUUGUCUGGCCAACUUAUCAUCGUCGAAAACCAGCGUUGGCCUGAUCAUCCAAAGAAUAAAUACCGGGGAAGCGUCAAUUCCGGAAUUGACACAAACAGUGUCAAUAUCCCGGCAACCUCUGGGAGUGUAAACACCACCACCGCCGCUGUGACCGAGGAUCCCGUCGAGAUGGCUGGCACGGAAGACCCUGGUUUGCCUUCUAUACCGGAUCCGGCUUCUCUAUCUUCGCCAUCCAAACCACGUUCAAAUACCGGUACCUAUCCUGGCGCCGGGCCCGGUGGCUGGCCAAUCGACGGCUCUGCCUGGAGGAACCACCCUGCGAACCGUCCCUACCAGUUCUUUCAACUAGAGCAGAUGCACCAUGAGGAAAUCAACAGACUUGAGUGGUGCGCAUUUUGCAAGAGACAGGCGAAUAGCUGGAUCCCGAACCCUUGCCCAAAUUCUUCCUCUAGCAAUCACGCGUGCCUGCUUUCUCGACAUGUUUUACUUCAAAAUAUGGGCCUGACACAUGCUAAUUGUUGGGCAAACAGUACCGAGGCUUUCCUUCUUGGAGAUGAUGAGAAGAAGAUUGAAGAGAAGAUCGACACCCGUACUCCAAACACGACCAUCUUCACCUUCAACAAGGAAGACCACACCCUCGCCAAUCUCCUGCGCGACAAGCUUCUGAAGAACAGCCACGUCACGUUUGCUGCUUAUCGAAUCCCGCACCCUCUCUUCGCGAAAUUCGAACUCCGAGUCCAGACCGACGGCGAAAUCACCCCGAAAGAAGCCGUGCUGGCCAGUUCCCGCGACCUGGUCCACGACCUAGACGUGCUCAAGACAAACUUUACGAGAGAGUACGAGUUGAGGAAGAUGGUCGGCGGUGCCCAGAACGGCCAGUGA